AUGGAGACUACACCAAUUUACUUCUGGCGGGAAACCGGCCAUGAAGGCUAUCUUUCCCAAUGGUGGAUGGACCACCCAUUCACCCUGGAGUCCCCUGACUCUUCACCAAUCACUUUCAAAACAGCAGAACAUUACAUGAUGCACGGAAAAGCCAUACUAUUCAAUGAUCCUAAAGUCGCCCUCACGAUCCUCAAAGCGGAUCAUCCUAGAAAGGUCAAGGCAUUAGGGCGCAAGGUUUCCGGCUUCGAUGAGGCUAUUUGGAACGAGAACCGCGAGCGAAUCGUUCGGGAGGGAAGCCUGCUCAAAUUUCGAAGUAGUCCCGAGCUCAAGGAGAAGUUGCUGGCGACGGGUGAGCGUGAGCUGGUGGAGGCGAGCCCGAUGGAUCGCAUCUGGGGUAUUGGGUACAGCCCUGAGAAGGCACCGGCGUCAGAUCGGAGUCGAUGGGGUUUGAAUUUGCUCGGGAAGUUGUUGAUGGAGUGUGACUGGGAGUGGAAGGCUCACGUCGUUGUCCCUAUUGUCGCCUAUCCCUACUACCCGCCCGAAUAG